GUGAAAUAAUUUCGAAGUGAAGCGAUGAUCUCAGACUAUUUGGUUUGCUUUCUCCUUCUAGAUGACUUUUUGUGAACUGGUGGUGUUGAAGAAACUGAAUGAAUGGAACAGUUAGGGCACAUAGGAAGUUUGCGUUUCAUGCGCUCCGCUUGCCACAAGUCACAAACAACACUGUCUCUGAAGUGACCUGGAAUCGUCGGAGUUGCGUGUCCUGAGGGACUCUGAGGACCUCUGAAGGGCACGAUGAUGGAUAACCGUUUCGCUACAGCGCUAGUAAUUGCCUGCGUUCUCAGCCUCAUCUCCACCAUCUAUAUGGCAGCUUCCAUUGGCACCGACUUCUGGUACGAAUACCACACCCUGUCCCCAGCUGAGAACGUUAGUGAAGCUGGUAGGAGCAUCUGGGACGAAUUUGUCAGCGAAGAGGCAGAUGAGAAGACCUACAAAAAGUGCAAUGGCACAGUUGGAUUGUGGCGGAGGUGUAUCACUGUACCCAAAAACUCGCACUGGUACAGCCCACCAGAACCUGAUAUGACUACAAGCUGCAUUAGUUUUUCACUCUCUGAUCAGUUUAUGGAAAAGUACGUAGAGCCUGGAAAUCACAAUAGUGGCACAGAUUUGAAUCGAACUUAUCUCUGGCGAUUGCAGUUUCUCCUGCCCUUUGUCAGCCUUGGCCUCAUGUGCUUUGGGGCUCUGAUUGGGCUCUGUGCUUGUGCCUGUCGCAGCCUUUACCCGGCCAUUGCCACUGGAGUCCUCCACUUCCUAGCAGGGCUGUGCACGCUGGGCCUGGUGGGCUGCUAUGUAGCCGGGAUCGAGCUGCUCCAUAAGAAGCUGCCCCUGCCGGACGAUGUGAGGGGCGAGUUCGGCUGGUCCUUCUGCCUGGCCUGUGUCUCGGCACCUUUGCAGUUCAUGGCAGCUGCUCUUUUCAUCUGGGCGGCGCGCACCAACAGAAAGGAAUUCACGCUCUUGAAAGCGUACCGUGUAGCAUGAGUACUGCAACUGAAGCGUUGGGUUUCCGUGUCGCAGCCUCUCCUCCCCACAACCCUUACUACUUUUUUUCUUUUAGUCGGAAUUUUACCUUGUACUGCCUGCUUCUGGCCAGUUGAGACAAUUUAGCCUGCAGGCCGUGAAGACAGAGACCUCUGGGCUAAAUGGCCAAACUCUGCCAGAAGCCUGCA